AUGUACAAAAUCCCCAGAUCUCUCGCUGGAGCGAGAUCUGCGCGAGACGUUGCUGCAACGCUGAAUGCUGGCUUCACGUCCUGUCGUGAGCUAUGCGGCUUCGGGAUCGAGCUGUCACAAGCUAUCAACGAGGGUGCACUGGUGGGGCCUCAUAUCUACUCGGCUUCAUCCUUCAUCAGCCCAACGGCUGGUCACGCUGACGCACAUGGAGUUCCGAUCGAUCAUUUCACUCAUUCGAACGCGAGUGGCGGUAGUUUCUGUCUCGCUGACGGAGUUCCGGAAUGUCUCAAAGCGGUUCGUUUGCAGCUCCGAAAGGGCGCCAAAGUCAUCAAGAUCUGUUGCAGUGGUGGUGUUGCUAGCGAGGAAGAUAACCCCGAGCACCAACAAUUUUCAGAUGAAGAGAUCAAAGCUAUUGUCGAGGAAGCGGGCCGUGCGGGGCGACUCGUGGCCGCACAUUGCCAUGGAAAAUCUGGCAUCAUGGCCGCCCUCCGAAAUGGAGUUGCUACGAUUGAACACGGAACGUAUCUUGACGACGAGGCCAUAGACCUCAUGAUUCAAAAAAGAGCCAUUUUGGUAGCAACCCGUACCAUCAUUGAGGCGGGGCUGGAGCUGGCAAAAGCAUGGUCCCCUAAAUCUCUAGCCAAAUUGCAAGUAGCAGCACCUGUGCAUAAGAGCGCCUAUUCCAACGCCAUCACCGCUGGUGUAACAAUCGCCCUUGGUUCCGAUUUAGGAGUGAGCUACCAAGAGAACGGCAAAGGAGGCACGCUGUUGGGCCACGGGCGCAACGGUCUUGAGCUGCGCCAUGCGGUUGAGGCAGGCAUGACUCCAUUACAAGCGAUUGAAGCGGCGACAGCCAACGGUCCUCUCACACUUGGACCUCAAGCCCCGAUGUCAGGCCAGCUAAAGGAAGGCUACGAGGCUGAUUUUAUAGCAGUAUCGACGAACCCUCUAGAGGAUAUCGAGGUACUCACAGACCCAAAGAACAUCACCCAUGUGUGGAAGAGUGGCAAGUUAUUCAAGGCACCGGGAAAGCCCAUUACAUACGCUGGGCUCGCUUAG